AUGAAUGAGGAAGGAGUGGGGCGUGACGAUCUGAUCACAUUUCGAAAUGGUCCGUCAGAGGGUUUACUCAGUCUGAUAAAUAAGACCAAAUUGAGGGAUAAGACAAUGGCUCCCCGCCUACCCGCCCGAAGAUGUUUUUCGGCCCCAGCCGGUCCCUGCAAGAAUCAUGUUCCCACAUUGAAUCGAAGGCGAAGGCUCGGCGGAAACAAGAAAUCUGAAUCUGCCCAUGCUCUCACGUUGGAGGGUGAACUUUCCCUCGCUGACGAAUACGAUGAAGUUCAGGAAGUGGAGGAUUUGAAAGUUUGUGGAGCGCCCGAACAAGGCCUUUACCUAGCAUCCAUUGAUAAUGCUCAGCGAGCGCACGUUCCAGGACGCUACCGUGGAUGGCUCGAUGACCCUAUCCUCUGCUGCUUCAUGAGUUUCCUCACGCUCAUCUUCUCCUUUUUCAUGGCCGCCUAUACCUACAUACUUUUGGACUUCACGAGACAGUACCAUGACAUCACCCUCAGGAGAGGAUACCUCCCUAUCAGCAACUUCCUCUUCAAUGCUCAAGGAAUACUGGCGAAGGUCAAUGCCCUUCUGAAGAGCCUCUUGGAUAGCAUGGGAUUGAAGUUCCUUGGGGAUCCCAAGGCUUUUAUCACCCUUCUUAUUACUCUCUUCACUCAUUUUUCCAUUAAAAUAAAUGUUGACUGGCUCAUUACACGUCGGAGUAGGGAAAAACCUUUGACCAUUCAAGAGCAACAGGCCAUCCUGAACAUGCAAAAAGAGGAAAAGACGAUUCACUACACGGCGCGGAUUUUGAUGGUCAGCCCGGCUUCGGUUUCCAACAUUCGGAAGAGGAAACACACGAAGGAGAUGGAGAAGAGGGGACUGAAGAGGAUCCAAUUUUCGGCUAACGAUUCCUCUGAUAUUGAUGUCAUACGGCGGGAAGUAUACGCGAUGUACGCGGAGACCAAGUACCCGACCCCUUAUUAG